UAGGGGAAACGGUCGGUGCGGCCACCAGCAAGAGUUAGUGGCCACCGCACUCGGGGGCCACCAAAAUUGUGUCGUGGGACGCGCCCCCUUGAGGCUGCCUGUGCGGAGGGGGAGUUUUGCACCGCGGCUCGGUGCCUGGGGGCCGCCCGCCGCCGCUUCCUUGGCCCCACCAGUGGCCGCCCGGGGACUUGCUUUUUGUCGGCCAAAGGAAAACCUGGGCGCCGGAGGCAGCGCCCUCGCCUUUAACUCGCCGGCCCGCCAGCGGCGCGAGCCCGCGGAGCCGCCGAGUCUCGCGGCCGGGCUGCGGGGCGCCGCCGCGCCUCAGGAGCCUGCGCUCGGGGCGCCCCAGGCGGCGGGCGAAGCGGGAUGCUGCCGCGGGCCGGGCAGCUGCUCCGGAGCGGCGGGGGGAGAUGGCAGCAGCCCCUGGCCGCCGCGAGACGCGGCCGCUCCCUGCCGGCCGGCCCCCCUGCCGCGCUCCCCAGAUGCUGUGUCUGAGGCAAACUGGAAAUCUGAAGCACCAUAAAGCAGCAUGCUAUAGCACACUGGUGCCAUCUGAUGAAGUAACUGUCAAUUACAGAUAUGGCCUUCCUGUGGUAACCCUUAUGUUACCUUCAAGAAAAGAGCGCUGUCAGUUUACCAUCAAGCCAAUGUUAACAACGGUGGGGACCUUCCUGCAGGAUAUACAGAAAGAAGAUAAAGGAAUUCAGAGGGCAGAAGUCUUUACAACAGAUGGUAGCAAGAUCCCUGCUACAGCAUUGAUGGAAGUUUUGUUGAUGAAUGACUUCAAACUUGUAAUCAACAACACCACUUAUAGUGUACAAAUCCCUGUAAAAGAGAAGUGGAGUAGAGAGCAUGCUGCUGAAGCAGAAGAUAUCAAAUCUUUGGUUCAUAGACUGUUCAUUGCCCUUCAUGUAGAAGACCACCAGUUAAGGAGAGAGAGAGAACUACUUCAGAAACUGGACCACCUAAAGGAACAGCUGGUACCCCUUGAGCAGAUGAAAGCCAAAAUUGCAACAAGUGCAGAUGCAAAGACCAAUAGGCUCCUAUGGACUGGCUUAGCACUACUGUCCACUCAAGGUGGAGCACUGGCCUGGCUCACGUGGUGGGUCUAUUCGUGGGAUAUAAUGGAGCCAGUGACAUAUUUUAUCACUUACGGGAGUGCCCUGGCGUUCUACGCUUACUUUGUACUUACUAAACAGGAUUAUGUUUACCCCGAUGUUAAAGACAGACAAUUCCUCCACUACUUCUACCGGAAAUCCAGAAGCCAACAUUUUGAUGUGGAACAGUAUAACCAGCUAAAAGAGGCACUGGCAGAGGUUGAAGAGUCCCUGAGACGCCUGCAUCACCCCCUACAUCUGCAAUUUCCAAUACAGGAAAUUAAUGACAAAGACUAAUUUUUUUUCAUAACUGAAUUGUCGUUUCCAAAACAGAUUCCAGUAUUUAGUUUCUAUGUUGCAAACUGAAUAUUUUGACCAUUAUAGUUCUGAAUAUUACUAGAAAUGUUGAUUAAAAUUAUUAUAUCAUUAGAUUUUUAAAAAAUAAUUCCUGAAAUAAAGAAAUCUUUCAAAGUAUG